UGACGCCAUAGGGUGCGCCGCUCGCCUGGCGUUUUCGGUAGAGGUGUCGCGCCGGGACUCUGCGAGUGAGGUCGUCGGGCUGGCGGGGCUCCCGGCGGCCACCGUCCCUGGCCUCCAGCGCCGCGGGCUCAAACCCCACAGCGAAGGGUGCCGGGCAGGACCGGCCGUCGCGGCCAGUCGCCGGGGCGUCCACUGACUGCGCCGAGUGGAGCUGGACCUGUGAAAACGGAAGGGCCGACUUCGCUCCCGAGCGAGCGCACGGCGGGACAGUCCCAGGGGCUGAUGCUGGUCUCUGGUAGGAGGAGGUUGCUCACGGCUCUGCUACAGGCUCAGAAGCAGCCUUUUCAACCCCGAAGAGACAUGAGACUGGUGCAGUUCCAGGCACCACACCUGGCAGGGCCUCACCUGGGGCUGGAGUUGGGGAGUGGUGGUGGCAUCGUCGACCUCAAUGCCUUUGACCCCACACUCCCCACAACAAUGACACAGUUCCUGGAGCAGGGAGAGGCCACCCUCUCAGUGGCAAGAAGGGCUCUAGCCGCCCAGCUGCCACUCCUCCCACGGUCGGAGGUGACCCUCCUGGCCCCAGUCACACGGCCAGACAAGGUGGUGUGUGUGGGCAUGAACUACGCGGACCACUGCAAAGAACAGAACGUGCCUGUGCCCAAGGAGCCCAUCAUCUUCAGCAAGUUUGCCAGCUCCAUCGUGGGGCCCUACGAUGAGAUCCUCCUGCCACCCGAGAGUCAGGAGGUGGACUGGGAGGUGGAGCUGGCCGUGGUCAUUGGGAAGAAAGGCAAGCACAUCCAGGCCACAGAUGCCAUGGCUCACGUGGCAGGCUUCACCGUGGCUCAUGAUGUGAGUGCUCGGGACUGGCAAGUAAGGCGCAAUGGGAAGCAGUGGCUGUUGGGAAAAACCUUUGACACCUUCUGCCCCCUGGGCCCUGCUUUGGUUACCAAGGACAGUGUAGCAGAUCCACACAACCUGAACAUCUGCUGCCGAGUGAACGGCGAGGUGGUACAGAGCAGCAACACCAGCCAGAUGGUGUUUAAGACAGAGCAGCUCAUAGCCUGGGUCUCCCAGUUUGUCACUCUUUACCCAGGGGAUAUCUUCCUGACUGGGACACCCCCAGGUGUUGGGAUGUUCAGGAAGCCACCCGUCUUCCUCAAGAAGGGGGACGAGGUCCAGUGUGAGAUUGAAGAACUUGGGGUCCUCGUCAACAAGGUGGCGUGACGGCUCCCUCCCAAGCCCAGAGUGGGACAGGACGGCCACCUGCUGCCAGCGGGUCCAGUGCCCGCCCCCCCACCCCCAGGAUGCUGCUGCUUGUGAGGAGGGCAGAAGGUGGAAGCCUCAACAAUAAAAGGCAAAGCAACAGCCUGGCUUCUGA